CCUCCUCAAAUUUUCCAGACACCAUUAGUAUCUGCCGUUCCCAACUUUCAGUUUUCUAAUUAUUAAUUAUUAUUAUUCCUAAUUCGAAUCGGGUAUGUUCCUUAUUCUUCUUCCUCUUUCAAUUUUAUUCGUUUAAUUUGCUUAUGAUCACAUCGUUGCAUGCAACUGUUUGUGUAUGAAUUACUAGAGCUGGACAUAACAUGUUUCCCAAACGCUUACAUACUUCCCUCAACCUUAUAGGGAAGGAAACAGAGCGUGCGAAUACACAUAUCUGUUGCCUUCGCCAACGAAAUGGACUUCUCCGUUAGCUUUGUUUUUGUUCUUCUGCUUUCAUAAGAUUUUUCUACUUCCGUGUAUUUUCUCUGCAACUAAUCUCAUAGUAUCCUUAACGAUUGAAGUCUUCGCCUUCUAAAGUGUUUAGACACCAUUAGCACUCCUGACUGCUCACUGCUCCUUUCAAUGGAGGAUGCUGAAGACAAGAUACCCCCCGUCUCCUCUUCAAAAGGUGCUGAAGGGACACCAAUGGCAGAAUACGUUGGAGACAAGAUACCAUCUGAAUCUUCUCCGAUAAUUGCUGAAGAGACACCACUGACAGAACAUGUUGGAGACAAGCUACCAUCUGAUUCUUCUCCAAAAAUUUCUGAAGAGACACCACUGGCAGAACAUGGAGACAAGCUACUGUCAAACGCCUCUUCAGAAAUAAUUGAAGAGACACCACUGCCUGAACAUGUUGGAGACAAGCAACCAUCUGCAUUCUCUUCAAAAGUUGCUGAAGAGACACUACUGGCUGAGCAUGUUGGAGACAAGCUACCUGCUGAAUCCUCUUUAAAAAUUGCUGAAGAGAUGCCACUGGUAGAACCACCUGAAGAAAAUACUGACGUGAUAAACCCAACAGAUGAUCAAUCUUCCACCGAAGCUUCAUCAAUACCACUUAGUAAUGGAAAAAUGGUGUUUGGCGCUCAUUUGCCAGUGAAUGAGUUCUCUGAAUCAGCAGUGUUGCCAAAUGCCUCUGAUGAUCAAACUAUAAUACAAGAUGAGUGUGUAUCUAUAUGUAUUUCUGCUUCAAACCCAGAUGCUGACAUUGAUGUAACAGAAAAAAGGGAGCAGGUAACAUUGGUUGAAAAUUAUGAACCAGGUGCUGUAGAAGAUGUUUCUGACAGGCCUGAAUUGCUGGUUGAUGUUACUAACAUCACUGCUGACAGUGAUGUUGAUAAUGAGAUUAGGCUCUCAGAUUCUUCUUAUGAAACAAAAUAUUCGCAAAAUGAUCUUGAGGAACUGAAAAUGGCUAUGGGAACAGUUGACUCACUCUCUGGUACCAAGCUGAUUGAUGCAAAAAGAGGCCUUAUUGAUACCACACCUCCAUUUGAAUCUGUCAAGGAAGCUGUUUCCAAGUUUGGAGGAAUUGUGGACUGGAAGGCUCAUAGGAUCCAGACUGUGGAGAGGCGCACUCUUGUAGAACAAGAACUUGAGAAAGCACAAGAGGAGAUCCCAGAUUACAAAAAACAAGCAGAGACUGCUGAGCAUGAAAAGGUUCAAGUACUGAAGGAGUUGGACAGCACAAAGAGACUAAUAGAAGAAUUAAAACUUAACCUAGAGAGGGCUCAAACGGAAGAGCAUCAAGCAAGACAGGACUCAGAACUUGCAAAGCUCAGAGUGGAAGAGAUGGAGCAGGGUAUUGCUGACGAAUCUAGUGUUGCAGCCAAGGCACAACUUGAGGUUGCAAAAGCCAGGUACACAGCAGCUAUUUCUGAUUUGAUAGCCGUGAAAGAGGAGCUGGAAGCAUUGCGCAAAGAAUAUGCUUCCUUAGUGAUUGACAGAGAUGUAGCUAUUAAGAAAGCUGAAGAGGCAGGUACUGCAUCAAAAGAAGUAGAGAAAUCUGUGGAAGAUUUAACCAUUGAACUAAUUGCCUCAAAAGAGUCUUUGGAGACUGCACAUGCCACACAUUUGGAAGCAGAGGAACAAAGAAUAGGAACAGUUAUGGCAAGAGAUCAAGAUUCUCUCAAUUGGGAGAAGGAACUUAAACAGGCAGAAGAGGAGCUGAAGAGGCUCAACCAACAAAUUUUGUCAGCAAAGGAACUCAAAUCUAAACUCGAAACAGCCUCUGCUUUGCUGCUUGAUUUGAAAGCUGAAUUAACUGCUUAUAUGGAAUCAAAGUUAAAGCAGGAAGGUGAUGAAGGAAACUCAAAAGUAGGAACAGAGGAACCAGAGCAGAAGACACAUACUGACAUACAAGCAGCAGUGGCAUCAGCCAGAAAGGAACUUGAGGAAGUAAAGCUUAAUAUAGAGAAAGCAACUGAUGAAGUUAGUUGCUUGAAGGUAGCUGCUACAUCAUUGAAAUCGGAACUUGAACAAGAAAAAUCAACUCUUGCAUCCAUCAGGCAAAGAGAGGGAAUGGCCUCUAUCGCAGUUGCAUCUCUCGAAGCUGAAUUGGAAAAGACCAGAUCAGAAAUAGCUUUGGUUCAGAUGAAAGAGAAAGAAUCUAAAGAGAAAAUGAACGAGCUUCCCAAGAAGCUACAAGUAACAGCUGAAGAGACUAAUCAGGCCAACUUGCUUGCUCAGGCAGCUCGUGAAGAGCUACAGAAAGUGAAGGCAGAAGCAGAGCAAGCUAAGGCUGGAGUGAGCACCAUGGAAAGUAGGUUACUUGCAGCUCAAAAGGAGAUAGAGGCUGCAAGAGCUUCUGAAAAAUUGGCAAUAGCAGCAAUUAAAGCAUUGCAAGAGAGUGAAUCAACUAGAAGCAAGAAUGAAAUGGACCCGUCCGCUGGGGUAACACUUUCUUUGGAGGAGUACUAUGAGCUUAGUAAGCGAGCUCAUGAGGCAGAAGAGCGAGCCAAUAUGAGGGUUGCAGCUGCUAAUUCUGAAAUUGAUAAAGCUAAGGAAUCUGAAUUGAAAGCCUUCGAGAAGUUGGAUGAAGUGAAUAGAGAGAUAGCUGCUAGAAGGGAAUCUUUGAAGAUGGCAAUGGAAAAGGCUGAGAAGGCAAAGGAAGGUAAACUAGGCGUAGAACAAGAAUUAAGAAAGUGGAGAGCUGAGAAUGAACAACGGAGAAAGGCUGGUGAGUCUGGCCCAGGAGUGGUAAACCAGAGUAAAAGCCCUAGGGGUAGUUUUGAGGACAGUAAAGCAAAUAGUUUUGACCAGCCUAACGACGCAACUAAUCCUUCACGUUACUUGUCAAGUCCAAAGGCUGAUGGGCAUGCAGACAAUGAUGAAAGUGGAUCAUCUCCAGAAACAAAGCAUGGAAAAAAGAAGAAGAGGUCAUUCUUCCCCCGGGUUUUGAUGUUCUUUGCCAGAAGGAAAACACAUUCAACCAAGUCAGGGUAAAUCCCAAAUGGAAAUUAUAUGCAUUGCUAUACUGCAGUUAUCUCAGCUCUUAUCCUUUUGGAGAUCUCACAGUGACUUGAAACAUAAAAAUUGUACCGACCUGUAAAUGUUGGUAAUUGCUGUGUGUAUGGUUUGAUUGGAUUAUAUUCUCUCUCUUUCUCUCUGAAGGGAUGGUACAUGGUCGCCUGCUAAGUGCUUUAUGAGGACAUAAAAAUAAGUCCAUCUUUUGGGGGGAAAGAGAAAAUCAAAUGAUUUUGUAUUGUGUAUAGGCUUCUGAUAUAUUGAACCUCGGCUCCUGUAAAGAUUUGUUUGAGAUUUAAUCAAAUGAAAGAAAAAGUUUUCCGAG